AUGUCUGACUCUGUUAGACGGCUGAGGGACAAGGGGAGGAGGCGGCGCCACACGCGCAAGAAGGCCUUCGACAAGUCGGCAGGCGCCGGGGCUGCCGCUGCGCAGGUUUCAAGGGACAAGGCUCGGCCCGCCUUGGCACCGCUGCACCUGCUGGCCCUUCUCCACAACCACGCCCGCCGCCCGGACUCGACCAAUUGCGACGGCUUCUUCUCGUCGCCCGAGUGCUCCUCCCGCUCUGCCUCGUUCGACGAUUUUGGCGAUGGUGGUUGUGGCGGCGAUGAUGCAGUGGUGGACGCGGAGGAGCAGCAGCUCCGAGACGAGCUGGCGUCGUCGACCACCUCAUCGCUGUCAUCGUCAUCGUCAUCGUCGUCGACGACGUGGUCCAGCACCGACUCGGGCGAGUGGAGCGACUGGGAGGACCCGCUGUGGGUGAAGGACGAUAAUCUGCUCCACUCGUGCGAUCGCGAUCGCCGUCGCAUCAGCCCCGCCGCCGUCGUCGAGCCUGCGGCCGGCCAGGCCUCGGGCGACACCGACUCAUCGUCACCGCAGCCCGCCCGACGCCCGACGACGACCAAGAAGAAGACGACGAACAAGGCCAAGCGGAACCGCCGCAAGCGCCAGCAGGCCGUGGUUCGGCCCGCCUCGACCGCGGAACAGCCGACCGAGCCGGCGCACUCCGCCGCCGCAUUGACGGAGCGCCGCGGGAGUGCUGUCGACGAAGAGGAGGAGGAGGACGAUGACGAACUGGUGUGGAGGAAGCGGAUCGGGGUCGAGGCGCUGGAGGUCCAGACCGAGGAGCUGCGGCUGAGCGUGGCCGAGGACCCCGUGGCCGCGGCGGCCGCCGUCGUGCUGGACCUGGCCCUCGACAGCCCCUUCUCAUCCGCCGACGAGGUGGCCGCCAUCAGCUCUCCUGUGCCGAUACUGCCGACGUCGCCGACAGCGAAGGCCAUCGCCCCGAAGAACCCCGAGGCGGAGUGGCGCGAAGCCGGGGUGGCCCUCAUGCACAACAGCGAAGCCGCCAUUCGGCUGUACGAGCGCCCAUCGGACGGCAGCCGGCGGACCACGUCGGUCGACGUGGCAUCGUCGUCAUCGGCGCCGAUGCCGGCCACGCCGUGCCUGGUCGAGCUCGACGGCGAGUCGUUGUCGACGGGGCGACAUAGGGCUCCGCCGCCGCGGCCGCCCCGCGCAUUUGCGCCGGCGGCGUCGGAUGGGGCGCUGACGCUGGCCAAGCGACCGAGGGCGCCGACAGCGAUGGCGACGACGACGGCAGAGAUGUCGUGGGCCACGGCGAGGGAGAGCCUGCCGGUGGUGAUGCUCUCUUCGGGCGGCAGCCGGCUGCGCGACAUGCAGCUCAUCCGCGAGAUGAUCGACGAGCAGCAGCACCGGGUCGCCGCGCGGAAGAAGCGCUCCAAGCAAGCGAUGGCGCCUGCGACGAACCCCAUCUCCGCGUCUCAGGAAACGACACGACUGUCAACAACAGCGAAUACGACGAAGAAGAACGAAAAGAAAACGAAGAAGAACGAAAAGAAAACGAAGAAGAAGUACGAAAACGACGGGAAGAAGAAGGAUUCGUACGAGGGGAAGCGGGGGAAGCUGAAGCGGAAGACGAAGCUGUGGAACUCCCUACGGCGGCUCAAGGAAAAGACGGCCGGCGGCGGCGAGGGCAAUGGCGAUGGCGGCGGCGAUGGUGGCGUGGCGAACAACAACAACAACAUGGCCGACAUCGGGCAGGUCUACGUGGCGGCGAUGGCCAACAAGGGCGUCCGGGCCUCGGCUGCCGCGAUUCCCACGCGAAGGACAACGAAGCCCGCGCCGAAGAACGAAGUCGAAGAAAACGCGUCGGCCAAAAAGAACGAAGCGAAGGAGAAAGUCGUCGAGAUGAAUGACGAAGCCGACGUCGGGGAGGUCUUGAGCUUGUCGAGCGCGAGUGGGCACGUGAUGAAGGUUCCGGUCCUCAACAUGGCCGGCCUCGGUUCGCCCGCCUCUCCAACCACCGCCACCAGCUCCAGCCCGACUUCGACCACAUCGUGGCUAGUGUCUUCGGCCUCGAUGUCGGCCGUGCCGCUGAGCCCUGGCCCGGCCUACGACGCGACUCCUCGCCCUACGUCAACCGCUGGCGUCGCCCAUCGGCCGCGCAACGUGAGCGACCCGACCGGCGGGUCUGCGUCGUCGACGCUGUCGUCAGCGGAGUCGCUGAGCCCGCGGCGCCGCGUGUGGCAGGCCAUGACGACGCCCGUGGUGGCGGCCGCCGGGAAUCGUUUCCGUCGAAACAGCCGACGGUUCGACCACGCCACCAGCGCCGCCGCCGAACCACUCGAGUGGGUGGCCUCGCCGCUCCUCGACCUCCUGCGCCAGCGGCAGCUCGGCCACCACCAGCAGCAGCCGCCUCAGCUCGCACGUCGUCAGCUGCGAGACUACCGGACCCGCAGCCUCCACCUGCCCGAGAGCCCCGGUGGCCGCCGCCGCCCACCUCGACCACCUCGACCACCUCGCCGACGGCGAGCGGACGCUCCAAUCCACGGCCUGAAUCGAGCGCGCGAGUGUACAUGA